AUGGCUAAUGACGAUUCCCAUUUUACAGCCCGAGACAUUGGACCCGAAGAUUGGCAAAGGAUCAAAUGGGAGGUCCAUCGCUUGUACGUGGUAGAAAAGAACCCACUUAGGUUGGUUCAGGCACAGCUGCAGGCAAUUCACGGAUUUCAGGCAUGCAUUUCGAGAUGGAAAGAAAAGGUCAAAGAAUGGAAUUUCUUUAAGCACUUUCCAGCCUCCACUAUGCACGCCAUUGUCGCGGUAGAAGCGCAGCGUGCACAAAAAAGGAAGAAAACUGUCUUCUCUUUUGAAGACACACCCAUCACUCAAAAGAGAAUUGAGAACUUCAAGAAAAAACAUUGUCGAGGCAUUGCUCCUCCCUUAGCUCCUGCACUUCCGAGUAACAUUCGAUAUCACACGCCAAGUCCCGAGAAUGAAGGUGACUCUUCUGAAAAGCCGUGGUCACACUUCGAAUUGUCUCACCAACUCAACUACCACGAUGAUACUGUAGUUAACGACCACAAUCUAUCCGAAGAAUUCGGAGAGUUUGGAUUGCCUUCCGAAGAAUACGAUGUAUGGCCAGACCUUCCCAACAACGUGCCUCAACCUUUCUUGGAGUCUCGAUCCAUAAUCGUCGUCGAGCAAGAGAAUAAAGAUCCGUCUACUCUUGCCGGCAAAUUCACACGAUAUCUACGCCAAAAUCGAGAAUACACCCCUCAAGCAUUGACAGUACGCUUUGAAUUGGCUGAAGCACUUAUUGAGAUUGGCAAAUACGACGAGGCAGAGGACCAUUGCCGCGGCCUCAUUGCCAUAGACUCCCAGGAGAGCGUCGCAGCCCUACUUGGAACAAUCUUCGCUAGGACUGGCCGCCUGGAAAAAUCAACAAAGUGGUUGUUCAUUGCUUUGACCCACUUUAUCCUCGACUGUACCAACUACUCUCUCCAAGAAAAUGACCGAUUCUUCGGACGAAUAUACUAUCUAUUCGCAGAAUUGAUUUGGCUGAGUGAGCAAGAUUGGGAUUCAUUAACAAGAACCCUAAAGGAAAUGAUGUUAACACUAAAAGCCUUGAGGUCUGAUGAAGAUAUCCACCGAGCUUGUCCUGAACUUUUCAUCCACGGACUUCACCUUGCACACAGCUGCACUGUUCUUAACUUCGUCUAUCCGGCAAAGUACUUGUACCAACACCUACUGCAGCCUUCCUCGUUCUACUUGAACGGUCGUCACGCUAGCGAAAAGGCAAAAGCCCACCAGAUAUAUGGACUUCUUCUUAGUGGAGAAGAGAAUUGGAGCUCAAGUGCAGAACAAUUACUUCUGACUUGUGAGUCUACCAUAGAAUCAGGCUCAUAUACUCAUCAACACGCCGCAUUUUUGACGAUCACCUUCAACAACCUUCGUCUACAUUUGCCGUCCGAGAAUGACAGACCAGGCUCGACGGUGAAAACGAUUGAGACGAAAUUGGACUACAUGAAGAAUCAGAUCAGUGUCUCAGAUAAUGGGCUUUCAGUUCUUCCUGUUGAAAAUUACUUGCAGUCCAACUUGCCCGGGCUCCGCUGCGCUAUCUUGCCCGCCGACCUGUCUCUCCAAGCGCAGCUCACAUUGCCAGUAAGAUCGAUUGUCCCAUCACAAGGAAGAACAGUCUCCAAUUCUACUUUAAGCAGAAGCGGAACAGUGAGUGACAAUGUGAGGGUGAGCAAGAAAAGCGCUAGCAGCGGGCCUAUGAGCUCGGACAUGAGUGGGGAUGGAAGCCACGAAAACGGCCAAACCUGGCCGACUAGCGAAUGGGAUGAGUACGCUGACAUCAAAGGCAUAUGUGACAAGAUGUCUAAAACUUCAUAA